CAAUGAAUUAUAAAAGGAGAUAAGGAGUGAAGCUGAAACAUCCACUGAUCCACACACCACUUUCGUUUCUUUCCCUCUGACAUCCUCAAAAGGUAUGCAGACCAUUAGAUUUGAUUUUAACCACAAACUCUGUUUAAGUCGGUGUCUCUUCACUCCUGCAAUGGAAGCAGCACAGGCGGCAGCAACCUUCAAAACCGUUAACUUCCUCACUGCCUUCGCUUCUCCAAGAGCAACAAAUCCAACUACCUCAAUCCCUCCAGCAACAUCUUCCAGGCCAGCCAUGGUGGGUAUCUGUGCUGCUUCUGGAACCAACACAAUUUCCCUAACCCCGAACCCUAAGCACAACUUUUGCUUCGUCACUCGCUGCUCUGCUAAACCAGAUGUUCACAACGACAACACAAUCAACGAGAAACCAAAUGUCAACACAGCCCUAAAUUCAAACACCCUUCAAGUGGAACCGUCAGCUUCCCCUCCUAAUCAAACAUCUUCUUCUUCAUCCUCUAGAGGCUUGGUGUUUGGUCUGGGUCCCGGGAGCUCCUGGGACAGCCAAGAGAUUGGAUCUCCUGUUGUGAAAAGAUACAUCAGCGACGACGACGAGAGGUGGUUUCUGUGGUAUCAUGGGAGCUCGAAUGCAGGUCUCUCCUCUGAUUCCAUAGGAUUAGCUGUUUCAAGCAAUGGAAUCCAUUGGGAGAGAGGUGCAGGACCAGUUAAAUCAAGCACAGACACUGGUAUGGUAAUGAACUGUAGCAAAGAUUGGUGGGCUUUUGAUACCGAGAGUGUUAGGCCUUCUGAAGUUGUGAUCAUGUCGAGUGCAAAGGUCAGAGCUUCCAGUGCUGUUUACUGGCUUUAUUACACUGGGUUUAGUUCUGAGAAGGUGGAGGUUUCAGUUUCUCAGCAACUGUUGGAAGAAAGACACCACGUUUCAAGAUCGUUGCCGGGACUAGCGAUCAGUCAAGAUGGGAGACACUGGGCUCGGAUUGAGGGGGAACAUCACAGUGGUGCACUGUUUGAUGUGGGCACAGAUGCUGAAUGGGAUUCACUGUUUGUUGAGACACCUCGUGUUGUUUUUCACAGUAAUGGAGAUCUGAGGAUGUACUAUCACUCAUUUGAUGCAAGAAGUGGGCACUUCGCAGUAGGAAUUGCCAGGUCAAGAGAUGGGAUUAGAUGGGUAAAGCUUGGGAAGAUACUUGGGGGUGGACCCAAGGGUUCAUUUGAUGAGUUAGGUGUGAUGAAUGUACAUGUGAUUGGAAACCGGAAGGAUGGGGGUUAUGUAAUGGCAUAUGAAGGUCUUGCUGCAGAUGGGAAGAGGAGUGUUGGAUUAGCAGUAUCUCCAGAUGGGUUGAAGGAUUGGGUGAGGUACGGUGAGAGAACAAUUCUCACGCCGUCUAUGGAAGAAGAUGGAUGGGAUAAUCAAGGUGUGGGAUCCCCAUGUCUGGUUGAGAUGGAUGGCGAUGCUGGUGACUGGAGGCUGUACUAUAAAGGUAUUGGAAAGGGAGGAAGAAGUGGAAUAGGACUGGCAGUUUCUGAAGGCAGUGGGUUUAGAAGUUUCAGAAGAUGGACGGGUUUUCAUCUCUAAUAUUUUUAUAUAAUGGAUUGUCUACACCAAAAAUAGUGUUUUAUGGUCAAUCCAAAUUGAAUAUGGGAACCUCAAUUCUUUUUUCUUUUAUCGGUUUA